AUAAACAAAACAAGAUCGCUCUUUGCGGAUGAGCAACGUUUAGGUAAAUCUCUAUGUAUAUUAAUUCAAACCGUUCAGUUCAAACCGUACAGUAGUUCAGUUGUGCAAAGCCGUUUAGAGUACUUGCAAGCAAUCUAAAUAUUUAAUUCAAAUCAAAGUGGCGUAUGUUCCGAGCUGAGCGUUACGUGUGUCUAUAGUCUGCAGAUAAAACAAAAUGCCGACACUACGAGCGUGUUUAUUUGUGCUUUCGCUAUAUUUACUGCUGAUAAGUGUGAAUGCGAAUUGCGAUGUGUAUGGCUCGAUAUUGAAAAAAGGUGAAACUAAGGCGGUGGCUGGUAAAUGCAGCCAAAUCGUCUGUAAAGGCGCCAGCUAUGACGAUUUCGAAGUUAAAGCCUGCCCCAACGCUUAUGCGCCCAAAAAUUGUAAUUUCGUACCGGCGGAUCUGAGUAAACCCUAUCCACAGUGCUGCCCACAUUGGAAAUGCUAGAGGAAUUGUAUACAAACUAAUUAAAUAUUAAAAAUAUCUAUAAGAAAAAGUAUCAAAUGUAUAUAAAACAUUUUUUAUAUACUCAAAAUGAGUAUUAAUUU